AUGCAUUCAAAAUUCCCAUUCUCCAUGGAAAAUAUACCACGACAGAAGGGCUUCGCAUGUUUAUCCCUAAAAUUCGGAUCAAUUCUGUCGGCGCUAAUCAUAAUAAUUUACUCGGUACUGGCACUGGCACAAUGCCUGGCGGUCCUCAAUGUCCUACCGUCUCAACUCUCGCCCGAAGACAAGGACGCGAUGGUAUCGUACGGCGUCGUCAUGAUCGUGAUGGUAGUUCACGCCGUCACCCUGUUCAUCAGCACCGUGAUGUUGAUCGGAGUGUUGAGGGAAAAGCCGCACAUGAUAAAGCCGUGGAUCGUGUGGACUUCACUACAAGUGACUGCUUCGGUGCUCAUGUUCGUGUUCUGGACUACGAUGAACCUAAUCAACCAUUCGGGACAGAGCUCACUGAUACUUUACGUUGUCGAGUUUCUGGGACUCACGAUCCGCUUCUACAUGCUGAUGUUGGUGGCCAGCUACUACAAACAGCUGGAAGAGGAGAUGGAGGAGACGGAGAGGCUAAGGAAGCUGGUGAGCAACGAGACUUGGUACAGCUCUGCG